UUAAGUUAGUCCUUCUCACCCCAUCUCUCUCUCUCUCUGAAGAGACUCUGUUACCAAUAUUUUAAGGGGAGUGUGGUGCAGGCAGAUGGUAGCUCAUCUUGCCCAUUUGUUGGUGCACAACAGGGAGGAAAGCUGCACUGACUGAGCUUCUCCACCCCUAAAAAGAAAAAACCAAUCCUCAAGGAGGCAAAGGCUACUCCUAGGCUGCUGCUGAGAGAGCAAAGGAAGGAAAGGCAGGAGGCAGCAAGGCAGCAGCAACCACCAAAGAGGGGGAAUCCUCCCUCUGCUUCAUUGGUUUUGGCUCUUCUCCUCUCCUUGCUCCAUCCAGAUACAUGGAGUAGCUGCUGCUGCCGUCGUUUUUUUUUCUUUCUGAAUCUUUUUGCCACAUCUGUUUGUUGAUUUCUUCUUCCUCCCACCUACUCUCCCCAACCACACGCACCUUCUCUCACUGUGUAUGUUACUGGCAUUGGUAAAUAAAGCGAGUGAACAGUGGUGGUGAGGUGCCCCCGCUCUCGGCAAUUAUUGCCACCUUUGGAGUUUGGAGUCCUCCAAUAGGAGUCUCCUCCUGUGCUGUCUGCAACCACUGUCCCUCCCUCUCCUUCCAUCUCCGACCUUCCUGCUCGCCCUCGCUCGGGCUUCUCUCUCCUCCUCCGCUCUACAGGGUUGGUGCUCGCUCCCUGCGUCCAGCCAGCAGCCAUCCAUCCGUGUCCUCAGUCCUUGUCCUCCCCUCCGCUCGCUUUAAACCCACCACUGCAGCUGGCUCACUGCCUGAUCCCUUCCUUCCCCGCCUUCCUCCGCUCCCCCUGGUGGCGGGUGCCGCCUGGCGCCUGCUGUUCUUGGAUUCUUAAUUGCAUGCUGUCGCAGCUGCUGUGAUCUCUCUCUCUCUUUCUGCUCCUCAUCCAUUCCUUUCCUGCCCCUCCUGUCCUCCUCCCGGAGCUUUUGCUCGCAAUCAACUUUUCUUUUCGGUCCCUCCCUUGCUCUUCGGGGGAGCAGCAGUUCGGUUGUCUCCGACGACCUUGCUUCGCUGCAGGCGGACGCAGCAACAGAGCCGUUUCCUUUCAAGCAGCCAUCGCUAAUUCGCUAGCCAGGGCGAGCUAGCUGCAAACAAGCCGGCAGGGCCCUUCUCUGUGAGUCCCGAUAGAAGAGAAGAUCCCGAGACACGCAGCGGUGGUCUUGCCAUGGACUGGGACGCCAAGAUGCUCCCUGCGUGGGACCUCGGCACGGUGGUCGGCCCCAGCAGCGGGGUCGGUGUCGUCGCGGCCGCCGGCGCCAGCGGAGGCGGGGCGCUGGACCUGAAGCUGGGCGGGCCGACGAGCUGGAGGGCGGUGGCCACGGCGCCGGCGGCCGUCCCGCUGCCGUCACCGCCCGCGCCGCCGCGGCCGUCGUCGUCUUCGUCUUCCGCGCCGGCGAAGCGGCCGCGCGCGGGGCAGGCGCAGCAGGCAGUGCCGGCGUGCUCCGUGGAGGGCUGCGCCGCGGACCUGUCCAAGGGCCGCGACUACCACCGCCGGCACAAGGUCUGCGAGGCGCACUCCAAGACGCCCGUCGUCACCGUCGCCGGCCAGCAGCAGCGCUUCUGCCAGCAGUGCAGCAGGUUUCAUUCGCUUGGUGAGUUCGAUGACACGAAGAGGAGCUGCAGGAAGCGCCUUGAUGGGCACAAUCGGCGCCGCCGCAAGCCGCAGCCGGACCCUCUCAACCCCGGAGGCUUGUUUGCUAACCACCAUGGAGUGGCAAGAUUCGCAUCGUACCCGCAGCUCUUCGCUUCAUCCAUGGCAGAUCCCAAAUGGCCGGUCGUGAAGACAGAGGCCGACAUUUUCCAAGACCACUACUACCCGGCCGCCCACCUCAACGGUGCCGGCUCCCUCUUCCACGGCAAGGACCGGAAGCACUUCCCUUUCCUGACCAACCACCACCAUGGCGGUGACGCAGCUGGGGCCUUCGCCAGCCAGCCCUUCACCAUCACCGCCGCUUCCUCAGAGAGCAGCAGCAAGCAAAGCAACGGCAACUGUGCUCUCUCUCUUCUGUCAGACAACCCGACACGGGCACAGACGACGACCAUGAUCCCGACCGCGCAGCCCCUCGGCGCGGCGCUGCAGUACGGCGGCGCGGCGCGGCUCCCCGACGGCGGCGACGUCUCGCUCACCGGGAUGUCGUACGCGAGGUUGGGAGACAGCAAGCAGGCAUCCAUUCUGACCACAUCUACCAGCCACACCGCAGUUGCUUCUCCUGGCCCUGGUACGCAGCUGCAGUACCAUGACUACUACCAUGUGAGCGGUGGCGAUCAGGGCAACUGCCCAGAUGGUGCGGCCAUUCAGGCUAUACCUUUCUCAUCGUGGUAGACGAGUGCUGAUCAAUCAGGUGCUAGGCGGUCGCUCUCGUUGUUCACCAAAUAUAUCGGCUGUAAUACUAGUAGUCUUAUCAUACUGAAAACUUUGACAAGCGAUGUCCAUUCUUUCAGCUUAUCCUAAUAGUUCUAAUUUAUGGAAAUCCCCCAAAUUAUGAUC